AGGCUUUCUCAUGAAGCGGCAAGGAAGACUACGCCAGAUCCGAAAGUUCAGAUUCGGCACCACGCAGCAGAAGAGGGCCGACCCAGUCCCCACAGGUUGAGGAGGCCGCCGGGCUGGUCCGAGAUCCGACACGGCUCGCGACGCCAGGGCAGAGGCUUCAGGAGGAGUGCUCCUCCACGACUUGGUGCUCGCAAAAUUCCGGGCCUGCAGGGCCUUCGAGCCAUGUUUGGCAGGACGCAAGCGAGCGGAGUUCCGGAUCAUUUGCAGCUCGAAGCAAUAGCAGCAGCGAGGCGCAGGACCAUCCGGAAGUGUUCACCGCUCAAGCGCUGGGAUGGCCUCGAGAGGAGGAAGAAGCAGCUGCUUUUGUGGCUGGACACCUGCAGGACGAGGUUAACCUUCACAGCCUGCCUCGAUCUGCGAGUGGUACCCACCGCAGGCGAGCAGAACCGGCCGAUGCCGUUGCUGCUGCUUGGUUUGCGGACCAGGAGCUCAGCUUGGAAUGCUUCGAACUGUCCUCUUGUUUCAUCUCCUCACCUCACUCCGGACCUACCGCACCAGCUGCCUAAAUUGGUGUCAUAUUUCUUCAUCAAAUGUCUUCACGGCAUGCUCGUUUUGAAGCACAUCGCUUAUCCUGCAGCUUCGUCAGAAAUUGUUCAUGGCUGCGUCAUCUCAGUACGUAGGACGAAGCAAGCCCCGACCGUUCUGGGCGAUCUCUGCCACGAAGCCAUAGCAGCAGAAGCAAGCAGGAAGCGGCACAGGGCUCAGUCAUGGGCGACCGCCGCUGUGUCAGUCGGUGUGUUGACAUGCUGA